GGCGGGAAGGGGCGGCCGCUCGGGCAGGAUGGCGGCGGCGGCAACCGCGGGUCCCGGCGCGGGCGCAGGGGUCCCGGGCGCGGGUGGCGGCGGCGGGGCGCGCGAGGGUGCGCGGGUGGCGGUGCUGUGUCUACUAUGGUACGCGCUGAGCGCGGGCGGUAACGUGGUCAACAAGGUGAUUUUGAGCGCCUUCCCGUUCCCGGUCACCGUGUCGCUGUGCCACAUCCUAGCGCUGUGCGCGGGGCUGCCGCCGCUGCUGCGCGCCUGGCGCGUGCCGCCCGCGCCACCCGUGUCGGGCCCCGGACCCGGCCCGCAUCCGGCGUCCGGCCCGCUGCUGCCGCCGCGCUUCUAUCCGCGUUACGUACUGCCGCUUGCCUUUGGCAAGUACUUCGCGUCGGUGUCGGCGCACGUCAGCAUCUGGAAGGUGCCGGUCUCCUACGCGCACACCGUCAAGGCCACCAUGCCCAUCUGGGUGGUCCUCCUGUCCCGGAUCAUCAUGAAGGAGAAACAGAGCACCAAGGUAUACCUGUCACUGGUCCCCAUCAUCAGCGGAGUCCUGCUAGCCACUGUCACAGAGCUGUCCUUCGACGUGUGGGGGCUGGUCAGCGCCCUGGCAGCCACGCUAUGCUUCUCCCUUCAGAACAUCUUCUCCAAAAAGGUGUUGAGGGACUCCAGGAUCCACCACCUGCGGCUGCUCAACAUCCUGGGCUGCCACGCCGUGUUCUUCAUGAUCCCCACGUGGGUUCUGGUGGACCUCUCCACCUUCCUGGUCAGCAGUGACCUGGCCUAUGUGUCUCAGUGGCCCUGGACGCUGCUGCUCUUGGCAGUCAGUGGCUUCUGCAACUUUGCACAGAAUGUUAUUGCCUUCAGCAUUCUCAACCUCAUCAGCCCACUUAGCUACUCAGUGGCCAACGCCACCAAGAGGAUCAUGGUCAUCACUGUUUCCCUCAUUAUGCUGCGCAACCCAGUGACCAGCACCAAUGUGUUGGGCAUGAUGACCGCCAUUCUGGGUGUCUUCCUGUACAACAAGACCAAGUAUGAUGCGAAUCAGCAGGCCCGGCGCCAUCUUCUUCCCAUCUCCACGUCAGACCUGAGCAGCAGAGAGCACUUGCGGAGCCCAGUGGAAAAGCCCCACAAUGGUGCAUUGUUCCCCCAGCAGGGUGACUUCCAGUACCGCAAUAUCCUCCUCACAGACCACUUCCAAUACAGCCGCCAGGGCCACCCAAACUCCUAUGCUCUCAGCCGACAUGAUGUAUAGGCCAGGCCAGGCCUUCUGCACCCCCUUCUUGAGCUCAGAAGCUUCAGAAUAUUCUGGCAGCCUGACUGAGCACAUGACACUUGGUGGGCCAUCAGGGGAGCUCUGGGUCCUGGCCCCUGGCCCCUGAUGGGCUGCAGGAUGUGAUCAUAGCAUGGACACCCACAAACUCGGGGCAGAAAAGAACCACAGAGAGACCCUGGUUUACGCCUCCACUAAGAGGCCACUCUGCAUUUGUGUACAGGGUUGUCCCUGGCAUAUUACAGAGGUCUGAUCUGAACUUCUGGUGAGAGUAGGGACAUGCUCUACAGAACUGGCACCUCCUGGCUGCAAUCCUGGAAGCCAACAGGAGAUGGCAUCUGGGAUAUCAUGGAGAGGACAGCUGGGAUACAGCCCAGAAGGAUGGAGGGCUGACAUGGGUGGCAUUACCUGAUCCCACCAAUGAUACAGAGCCCUAGAAUACCCCAAGGCAGUUGGCCACUUGCAGCUAGUGCUGCCCAAGGGCAGACUUAUAGUGACCAUCAGCCCAUCAGCUGUGACCUUCCUCUGCCUUGUGGGUGCCAAAGCAGGGCCUGGGGGGCCCUUGGACUCUAGAGGAGCAGCUUGUCUGCUCCCCACUCUCCUGAUGGCACAGAAGGCCAAGGAGUGGUGAUGACAGUUUCCUCAGAACCUAAGUUUCUCUGGGGAACAUCUUGUCGGCCAUGGGAUGGAAACCAUCUUGUCUCAUUUCAAAAUAUGGGAUGUUUGUUGCUGGAGCCAGUCCCUCCCAGGUCAGUGGUAGCAGGCAAUGCCGAAGGGUACUGAAGUUGCAGCCACAGAGGUAGAAGGAGGUAUUCAUACCCGAGUACAGUGUUGCUUGUCAGUGAGGAGACCGCAUGUGUAUCAGGGUUUUAACUGUGCUCUGGCAAAUGGGACACCAGGCAGGUCUUGGUUUUUUAGUUAAGAAUCACUUUGAGGCUGGGUAGAGUGCCUGUCUAGCAUUCGUGCAGCCUUAGAUUCUGUCCACAGAAUGCCACGCAGUGGUACAGGCCUGCCUGCCUUCCUAGCACUCUUAAAGCAGAUUCAGGAGGAUCUAGAGGACAAGGUUCUCUACAAAGUAAGUUCCAGACCAGCCUGGGCUUCAAUGAGAAGCUGCCUCAGGAAAAUGAUCAGUUUAGGGACCUGCCAUAGUGGCAUAUAUCGAGGGGCUGAGGCAGGAAGAUGGCCAUGGGUUUAAAGUCAGUCUGGGUUACAUAAUGAGACUCUCUCUGAAAAAGUUGAGGGGCUGGUGGCCCAUACCUAUGGUCUUAGGUACUCUUGAAGCAGAAGCAAGAGACUUCCCCAAGCCUGUGAGCUCAAUGCCAUUGUGGCAAUUGACAGCAGGUAAAUGAUAGGAAGGGGUAUCAAUGGGUCUCAGGGUUUUUUGGUUUUGAGAGAGGGUCUUAUAAUAUAGACCAGGCUGACCUUGAACUCAUGGGAUAUAUCUGUCUCUGCCUCCUGAGUGCUUGGAUUCUUUAAAACCAUGGGCACCACAUCCAGAUGGAGUCAUCCCACUAAGCCUCCCAGGCUGACCUUAGCAUUUGUGCCUCCUCUGUUGCUAAGAACUGAGCUCACAGGUACAUCAUGGCACCCCAGUCCUUAACUCCUGAUUUGUUGGGUCCCUCUGCUUUUGAUUACUUGGGGUUUUAUAUUGAAGGUUAGGGUUUUUUGUUUGUUUUGUUUUUCGAGACAGGGUUUCUCUGUGUAGCUAGCCCUGGCUGUCCUGGAACUCACUCUGUAGACCAGGCUGGCCUCGAACUCAGAAAUCCGCCUGCCUCUGCCUCCCGAGCACUGGGAUUAAAGGCGUGCGCCACCACUGCCCGGUUUAUCAUAUUAGUCUCCUGCUUGCCUGAGACUUGGCACCCCCGGCCUCAGGACAGUCCCGUCUGCCUUGCCUAGUCCUAGCUGGUUUGCAGAAGAAGUCCCUUGGUAAGGCCGUCUGUUGGGUUCUCCUCACUGGGGAAGGCUGGCCUGAGACACCUGUCACUGCAGAGGUCUCUAUGGGUGACCCUGACUCAGCUCUGGACUCAGAAUGAAUUAUGUCUUUUAAGAUUACCAAGAUGUUCCUAUAAUUUGUGUAUUAAUGCAUUUUUCCUUUUUCAGGGAGCAAAAUGGCCCGUCUCACUUUUCUUAACGGUUUAUAAAUUAAUAAAUGGGAUAUUUAGUUCUGUUCAUAGGCUCACAGCAAGUAUGAACACUGGAAUGGAUGAGACAAUCAGGGUAGACCAGAUUCUCGGAUCAAAAGACAAACAGCUGGGGCUGCCGCUCUGGCUACAGUGCUUACCUGCAUGCAUGAAGUCCUGGCCACCCUCAGCACUGCAUACACGAAUGUUACUCCAUUACUCAGGAGGCUGAGGCAGUUAGGAUCAGGAGUUCAGUGUAACAUAGUGAAUUGGAAGCCAGCCUGGGCUAUAUGAGAGCAACAACAAAACAGACUUGAUCCACAGUUUACAUCUGUCCAUUCAAAGUCACAUUAGCCCUACUCCUGUGUCUUACAUCCCACUACAUUCACCUCUCCCUCUCCAGGACUGACCCGAUCCACCUCUGUUGGGGUUUAUUUGAGAAUUUAUGUUGCUGUUCCCACGUACCCUUUGAAAUUGCUUAGCCAAAACGCUGAUCCUGACCUACCCAGCUCCUUCAUUUUACAGAAGAAGAAAAUGAGGCUUAGUGGAUGUCUUCUCACUAUUAGUGCACUUGGAGCUUUUAUUUAUUUCUUUGAGAUAGUAUCUGCCUAUUUAGACCAGGCUGACCACAGAAUAGAAGGCACUCCUCCAGCCUUAGCCUCCGUGCCUGGAGGAGCUGCCAUACCCAGCACCUUAAUUUAUGUCAUUUAUUCUAGGGAAACCCAAAACUUUCUUGACAGAGUAGAGGAGCCAGAUGAACUAAGGCAGCAAAAUACAUGGAACUUGAUUUCUCUGUAUGUUGGGAGGACUCCAAGCAGUGAGCUCUUCAUGGCUAGACCCCAGCCCCAAAACCUUGGGUCUGAAACAGGAAACCUGUCAUGCUCUUGCUUUCCAUUGUCAUCUUGAGGCUCCUGUGUCAUAGACUGUACUAUGGGAGUAGCUGUGCUCCUGGUUGGCAUUUACCAAAAAUAAAUGGUGGUCUCCAGGGGUUGGAGUUUGGUUCUGGUUUGUCAGGGAGGGUCUUGCUCUGUGCUCCCAUCAGGACAACCCACAAAAAUCCAGGGCUGGGAAGAUGGCUUGGUCAGCCUUUGACUGGCAGAUAUGGAAAUCAAGAGUUGGGAUCUCUACAACCCCCAAAAGCUGGGCAGAUCCAGCUCCACCUGCCAUCCUAGUGGGAGAGUCAGGUAAAGGUUCCAGGAUCAUGGGCAAGAGCUUACUAUUGGCCAGGUUCAUCCUGAAACCAUGCCUUAUGUAUAAGGUGGAGGGCCAGCAAGAUAGCUAAGUAGGUAAAGGCAAUUACUGCUGAGCCUCAAAAUGUGAGUUCAAUUUCUAGAACCCACAUGGUAGGAGAGAACCAACUCCUGUAAGUUGUCCUCUGACCUCCACAUUUGUGUUGUGGCAUGCACACACCCACACAAAAAAUUUUAAGUGUGCUAGGCACAGCCUUGCACACCUUUGGUCCCAGCACUCAGAAGGCAGAAGCAAGUGGAUCUCAGAGUUUGAGGAUAUAUAUAUAGAGAGAGAGAGUGAGAGAAGCACCUACACACAAACAAGCACAAGUGUCUACACACACAAAUCACAUGUGUAUGCAAGGCAAAAAGAUUGUUUUUGUCUUUUUUUUUCAUGCCUGGGUGUCUAACGAACUUUGAGUGUAUUUGCAUGCGAGUGUGUGCUUUCAUGUGUGUAUACAUGUGCAUAAGUGUAUGUUUGUGUAUAAAUUUACUGUUGCUGUGGCUCCUAUAGCACCUCUAUGGCUUCAGCUACCUUAUGCUGCACCAGGAUUCUGUUCCUGCAAGAGUCCAGGUCCAGCUACACUCCUAAAGGCCAGUCAGAGCACCCAUUUCUAUAGCUAACCUCUGCAGCCCAGACUGACCUCUAUUGAUCCUCCGCCUCAGGCUGAGGUGCAAAUUUCCUCCUGUAUACUUGGAGGCUGGGCCAGUGAGCCCCAUGGCUCCUCCUCCUCCUCCCUCCCCAGCUCUGGCAUGAAUAUGCUUCACUACCCCUGGCUUUUUAUGUCUUCAUGCCUUUGUAGCAAGCACUUGACCUCUAUAAGUAGCUGGGCAACAACAGGCACCUGUACAUGGAUGUGGAGGCAAGAGGCUAGCCUCAUGUCCUUGUGUGCCAAUAGGUCUGCCAUCUUACUUUUUGAAGCAGGGUCACUCACUGAACCUGGAGCCCCAGUCAUCCUCCACUCUCAUCUCCCACAGCACAGAUAUGACAGUCCUAUCCAGUUCUGGCUUGGGGGGGGGGGGGUAGAAUCCAACUCUUAGCCACUCAGCCCAGCCUAACAACCCUUUUCAUUUUUUUUAAGGUUUAUUUAUGUAUGCCAGUACAUUGUAGCUGUACAGAUGGUUGUGAGCCUUCAUGUGGUUGUUGGGAAUUGAACUUUAGGACCUCUGCUCGUUCUGGUCAACCCUGCUUGCUCAAUCUCUGCUUGCUCUGGUCCAAAGAUUUAUUUUAUUAUACAUAAGUACACCAUACCUGACUUCAGAUGUAGCAGAAGAGGGCAUCAGAUCUCAUUACACUCGGUUGUGAGCCAAUGUGGUUGCUGGGAUUUGAACCCGGGACCUUUGGGAGAGCAGUGAGUGCUCUUACCCACUGAGCCAUCUUGCCAGCCCCAGCCCUUUUCUUUCUUUCUUUCUUUCUUUCUUUUUUUUCUUUCUUUUGUUCUUUUCACUCACUUUGUAGACCAGGCUGGCCUCAAACUCAGAAAUCCGCCUGCCUCUGCCUCCGGAGUGCUAGGAUUAAAGGCGUGCCACCACGCCUGGCUGCCCUUUUCAUUUUUAACCAUUUAUUUAUUGUAUGGGACGCGGGGAAGGUUACACAUCCUAUGGUGCAUGUAGAGGUCAGAAGGCUACUUAUAAAAGCGAGUUCUCCCACUAAGUCCCAGGUCACCACGCUUAGUAGCAAGUACCUUUACCCACUAGGCAAUCUUGCUGUGUUAAGACAGGCCUCAAGGAGCUCAGGCUAGCUUUGAAUUCACUGUGUAUCUUCUGUCUCUGAUACUGGUGUUGGCCACUGAACUGGAGCCAUGCCCUUCAGUUCUAGGAGUUAUGUGGCUGGCUGUCAAAACAGCAGGAGACCCUGGACCUCACACAUGGUAGGGAAGCACUUCCAGCCCUGUAUUUCUGGCUGCUUAGGUUUCCUCUGUAUUUUGGAGGAUUCUGUGAGCAGUCAGGGAAGCUACCACAGUGAAGGGACCAAAUGCAAAGCUUUGGUCUCAGCCUCAGUGUAUGAUUCAUUCAGACUCCCAAAGGGGCUCAGUAGGUAGGCAAGAGCCAGCUGAGGAACACUGCCAAGGGGCUUGAGGGGCACCUUACCUAGGCAGGAUCUAGUUGCCCAGCCUUAUUAGGGAGGUGGCAAGAGAUGGGGCCAGGUGUGGGAGGGGGUGUACCUUUAACCCCAGUGCUGGGGAGGCAGAGGCAAGCAGGAGCACCUCCCUCAACAAAUAAAACAGAAGAAACUUCUAAGAAUAGUCACCCUCUGAAUGUUCUACUGGCCCUCUCAUUUUGUUUUGGUCUUUUUGAGACAUGGUUUCUCUGUGUAAUAGCCCUGGCUGUUCUAGCUUUGUAGACCAGGCUGGCCUUGCCUGCCCUGCCUUAGUGCAAGAAUUAAAAGUGCGUGCCACCACCA